AAAUAAUUCCUCCUUAAAUGUAUAACUUUAUAAUAAAGAAUAAAAUAAAAAUAAAGAAAUAAAUAUAAAAAAUAAAUAAUAAAUCGAUUUAUGUUCUUUCAUUGAAAUAUAUUACAUUGCAUUAUCAAUGAGAAUAUUACGAUGUUGUAAUGUAAACAAUUCAUUUAGCGAUAAUAAAAAAAUGAAUACCAGAGUGGGGUAGGUUAUUGAUUUCUGUGUGGGUGCCAUGUUGGGAGGGAAUACCAUGGUGGGUGUCUCUUGGACAUACCAUACGCAGUAGUCUACAGAGAAUAUAAAUAGGAGGGGUAGUUGCACCAUUGACCCAGUGUUGAGUUGACAUACGGUCAGUUCAGUCACUCGAACAGAAUUCAUCUUACGCCUUUCAAGUUUUAUAUAUCUGUGUAUGUGAAUUGCUAAUAACCGUAAUAAAAGCCCUUGUAAAAUCAACAAUCCAAUGCAAUCCAAAACACUGCCCUUUCUUACUUAUCUUCCAACUUUACAAAUUUACACCCAAAUCAUCGGCAUGUAUUCAGUGUUUUAAGUAUUCUGCAAACGUUUUUCUAAUAAAAUAUUUAAUAAACAUUAGUGACACCCACUAAUCGAGUGAAUGCGUAUCUCGUGUUACGAUUUUAUUUAAAGAUAAUCGGUUGCAUUGAUAAACCAAUGUGCAACGAUAAUCAGGCCUUAGAAGUGGUCAACUUUUUUGAAGGAAGUCAACUUUUGAUGACAUAAAUUUCAUGCAUUCGAUCGACAUUUGAUCGAACAAAGAAAGUACAAAACCAAACAAACUUAUUUGUGAGCAGUUUUCAGAUUGUUCUUUUAUUUAAAGCAAUAUGUCAGAAACAGCGGGAAUUUCGCAAGGAUUGGGAAAUCCUUACAAAAUUGUCGAUCAUACUCGAGAAAAACGAAAGGGAAUCACUGCUUCUUCUUUAAAAGAAUUAACCAGUAUUGCUAGAAACCGCUUGUCUUUACCUUUGGAUGCAGAACUAACAAUUGUCCUAGAACAAGAUGGUACUGAGGUAGAUGAUGAAGAAUAUUUUGCAACAUUAGAAAGAAAUACUAGUUUAAUGAUUCUAUACGGAGAUCAAAAGUGGGUGGCAGCAGGAAGUAGUAAAGCUGCUUCUCGUUACAUUGUUGUUGAUGAUGUAGAUAAUAUAGAAGGUGGACAAAGAAGAGAGGAAAUUAGAAGGCGUCGACCACCAAUAGAGGCUUUAGUCUCAUCAUUGCACGGUGACCCAUCACAUAUAUCAUUGCUUGAUGGACAUAAUUUAGAAUUGCUCAGUGAUAUGGAUCCAGAUAGUGUGGCUGAUAUAGUGUCUGGCAAUAUAAUUUUCCUUGAGCAAUUAAAAGAAGCUUCAGGCAGAUUCUUAGCUGAAAAACGGCAAGCACAAGGAUCCUUGGAUGUUCUUCAGAUGUGUGCAAGUGGUGGAGAAAUAGAGCGAGCGUAGGCCAUGUGGGGGGUGGGCGCCCUCACAUUGGCUAAUAUGUAUCGAGUGCGACGUCGCAUAUUUUAUAAAGGUCGCCAACUACAACAAACUUUGAUCCUUUUCUGGAAUUGAGCCCAUCACAUUUAUAGCGUGAAAGUUUUCUACGCUAUCUAUUACCAUCAUAUUGUUCAUGAAAACUGAAUGUUUACAUUGUCAAUGAAAAUUUGAGAUUCUUCUAUGCAACAUUUUAGAAGAUGUAAUGGUAAAGAAAGAUGUAUAGGAACUAUUGAGUUCCUAUUUUCGACGGGUAGUCAAAACUUAUUUCUGAGAUAUUUGCAAGUAUUUACUAAAUAUGUGAACAUUUAAAUUUAUUAGCAAAAAAGAAAUAUAUGGAAAGUUGAUGCUUGUCCACGCUAUAAGUUAAUACCGUAAUAAUGCAUAGUUUUAUAUUUUGUUAAUAGUAACUUGUUUUCUCGAUUUUUUAAUUUUGUAUAGGUUUAUAGUAUAUAUAUGCCUUUCUAGUGUUAUAUAUUUUGUAGAAUAUGACAUAAGGAAUUGCUUUAAUGCAAAAUGAGGUCUUAAAAUACACAUGCAUAGUUAAACACAUGCAAUUUAGCCAUUAAAUAAUCUGAAUGUACUACAUAAACAAAAGCUAUAUAGAAAUAUCAUGUCAAAGAAAACGUUCCGUCACGAUGUUGUCAUAUCAGUAUUAGCAAAAAGACGACAUGUUUGGUUUAUGAACUUUUGUAUGUAGAUAUAUUAUACCAAGGUUUAGUUCAACGAAGAUUGAUGAAAUGUUUAAGACUGAAUUUAUAGAGAAAGAAUGCAUCCCCAUUAUAAUCAUCAAUUCAUUAUACACUAAAUUUAGCGUGGUAAUAGGAAAAACCAAUAUCAGCUCUUUGAUACCAAAGUUAUGCAUUUGAUAAGAAAAACUGCAGAAAAAAAAAAGAAAAUGUGCAGGUGUUUCUGAAAAGAUUAUGCAUACGCAAAAUAUUAUUGUAUUAAAAUAAAAUUUGUCAUUAUA